UAUAUCAGAACUAUAUAAUACAUCAUGGCUGAGACUGUUGACAAGAAAAAGAGAGUCUUCAAGACCUUCUCCUUCAAGGGUGUCGAUUUAAAGGACCUCGUUGCUUUGGACACCGAAGAAUUCUCCAAGUUGUGUGGUGCCAGAGUUAGAAGAAGAUUCUCCAGAGGUUUGGACUCCAAGCCAAUGGGUUUCAUCAAGAAGUUGAGAGCCGCUAAGUUGGCCACUCUUCCAAACGAAAAGCCAGCUAUUGUCAAGACCCACUUGAGAAACAUGAUUAUUGUUCCAGAAAUGAUCGGUUCCGUCGUUGGUGUUUACAACGGUAAGGUUUUCAACACUGUUGAAAUCAAGCCAGAAAUGUGUGGUCACUACUUGGGUGAAUUCUCCAUCACUUACACCCCAGUCAGACACGGUAGAGCCGGUAACGCUUCUUCCAGAUUCAUUCCAUUGAAAUAAGCUUUCUAUGUACUAUGUAUGGUUUAAUCGAAUAUAACAAUAUUGAUAGGAA